AUGGGCUCACUCGGCGAGCCUGAUCGACCGCGGCAGCCGCCUCUUGGACUGUUAAUGUCGGAGAUCAAGAUAUUCAGGUCGCCAGGAGAUGUCAACAACCCUCGAACCUUCGACUUUCCUACGAUCCAGGCAAUGGCAAAAGACUCGCUGCUUGUUCGCUUGGUAUCGAGCGAGACUUAUGGUCAGGACUUCAUCGACAAUUUCGUCGCUGCCGGCGAAGACCUAGUUGCUCGAGGGGCAGUCGGCAUCAUCACGAGUUGUGGGUUCUUGGUGCUGGCGCAGAAAGAAUUAUCUCGCCGCCUGCCAGUCCCCGUUGCGGCAUCCUCGCUUCUGCAGUUGCCUACCAUCCGGACGAUUCUGCCGCCUCAGCAAGCAAUAGGUGUUUUGACCUUUGACGGAAGCCGGCUGAAUGGAACUCACCUCAACGCUAUAGGUAUCCAGGACCAUAGCCAGAUUCACAUCGCAGGCCCACCAAAGGACGGGUACAUGAAAAGGUACAUCCGUGAUGGAGCACCAUACGACUUCGAAGCUCUGGAAGCGGAACUGGUUGCAACAGCGCAUGCGCAUAUCAAGCGUCAUCCGGACAUUGGCGCCUUGGUUCUGGAGUGUACGCAGUUCCCACCAUUUGCGUAUGGUCUGCAGCAAGCGACCAAGCUCCCAGUGUAUGAUGUGUACACUUUGGGACGAUGGCUGUACUCGGCCAUCGUCAGGACACCUUUCGCACAGUGGACCGAGGAGGAACGGAUGGAAGCAAAUCAGCAGGUCCCGCGCACUGCAAGAGAGCUUCUCGAGCAUGGCGAUUCGCAGAACUGA